AUCAACAUUCCCAACAUGCAGGUGAGUGUAGCGAAUGCCAGCUGGCGAACGGACUUGGAGGUCAUCCUAGGUCGCAUGACACAGGCUGCUUAUGACACCGCCAGUCAUGAGAACCUCGACCACCUCCUGUCACUCCUGAAGGCUGAUGGAUCUUUUUCUGAUCUGAAGUACGGUCAAGACGACUCGGAAUCCUUCAGGACCCACGGCAGACGACAGAGCGCCCUCCUGUACCACCACCUCAACGGCAAGGACCUCACAGCUGAGAUCCUUACCUGUUUCUCCUUCAUUACUUACGACGCGCCUCCGAACACAGACGGCAAUUGGUGGGGUCACGUGAUCGGGGUCCUUCCAUGAUGUGGGGUGGAGUCGUGCUGGCGAAGGACCUUCUGGGGUCGGAGCUCCUGACGGAUUUCCUGGACAGGUACUGGCAGAACACCCAAGCAGGACCUGUGUGGAAUCCCGAGGAGGUCUCCGGUGACAUGGCAGGCGGCAACCUAGGUCCUCGAGCGAUGUUUGGGGAAGUCGAGGGCCUCCUGAGGGGAACCCACGUCGAUAUCCACGCGCAGGUGCAGGAGGCCCUCUACGUGGAUCUGGCUGAACGGCAACCUUACGACGGGAACGGGUUGAGACCAGAUGGAUGCCUUCACCAACACAACAUAGGAGGUGAUUACAACACUAAUAUUGGUUAUUUGGAUCACACCCUUAACAACCCUUACAAUGGAGCCUACGGGAAGGAGUUAUUGAGGUACACGUCUAACUUGAUGUCUUGGUACACUGGCACCGAACUGGACUUCCAAGAUGCCACAAUAGAGGGCCUCUUCGCAGCCUACCUGGAGUGCCAACAGUGGCUGUUCAGAGGACAUACCCAGGAACCUACUACGUGUGGACGCCAUAUGACCGACG